AUGGCAUAUGCAUAUACACCAAACAAUGACAUGAAAACACCGUAUCCACCAGGUUAUCCAAUGAAUCCCGGUAUGCCAACACCCAAUCAACCGCCAUACUACAAUACUCCAGUUCCCCCACCAGUCCCUGUUAUUCAGCCAGUGACAGUUGUUCAACCGAUGGGUUUCGGUCAUAUGCCACAAGCCGCUCAAUGUUCAGCUUGUCGACAACAAAUUGUCACAAACGUUCGAUAUGAAUCUGGUGGCGGCACAUGGCUAUUUGCAUUUCUAAUUUGUAUUUUCGGUGGUUUUCUCGGUUGUUGUUUCAUUCCCUUUUGCGUCAGCUCAUGUCAAGAUGCUGUACACACAUGUCCAGCGUGUCAUGCACCAGUUGGUCGAAAAAAUGUCCUUUAA